GGAACACUUUUAGCGCCUCAAUUACAGGAUUUUGGGUUUCAGUUCUGAGGUUUAAAACCUCAGGACUCUAUCUCCAUCUAUGUUACGUCUCUUCUUUCAACAACCCUCGACCUUUUCUCAGGCGAAUCUUGGAUGAACCGCUAGGAGAUAUUCGCGGGAAAUCUGCUGCCUUCUUUUUUGGAAUAUGUAAAGAACGAGCAAGUUGUAAUUUCUCGGUGAAGUUUUAGUUGAGUCCAAAUCAUAUUCUUUUUUUUUUUCUUUUUUCUUUUUUUUUUUUCUGGGUUUGGUUUAGUUUUUCAUGGUCGGUGACUCAGUGCGGUGAGACUGUAGGCGAUGGUGACACAGUUAGGUGCAUUAAAGAACAAGAAAAUGGUUAUAUAAGAGGUGGGUUUGGUUAUUUAUGUCAAUCAAGUUUGGAGCAUCUCGUGAGAAGAUAACAUUUACCCCGUGCUUAGAGUCACAAUUGGUUCCAACUUCGAAGUUUUGCACCAUCUGUAUUUUCGGCAUUUUAGAACACAAAUUUGAGCGACAAGCUCAUACCAUUGUGUUAAAGUUAUUUUUUUGGGGCGGGGGGAUGAAGCAUUUACAGAAUUCAUGGUUGCUAUAACAUUGAAGAGAUAAAAGUUUGUGCGAACUAGUGGGGAGUUUGAAUUGGAGGAGAGAAUACUGUUACAAUGUGUAGAAUGACGGGCAAUGAUGGGAAGUGUAGUCAUGGGGAGGAGUGUGAGAUGGGAUUCAAGUUUUUGAGUGGGGUGAAGGUUGAAAAGUUAAAGAAUUCGAGGGUAUUGAGGCCUCGAAUGAAGCUUUUCGUAAUUCGGGGGAUAACGAUUAUGUUUAUUUGUGCUUCUGUUGCUCAGUUGAUAACACUGGGAGAGAUGUGGGGGCCAAGAAUGUUCGAGGGUUGGCCUUCUUGUUUCAGUCCGUCAGGAUUGCCUCUGCCUGGCGAAUUGCCUUCUGCCCCGUACAAAGUUGCUUCCCCACCAAAAAGGGCUUAUAAGAACAAUGGUUAUCUUAGGGUUUCCUGCAAUGGAGGACUAAAUCAAAUGCGAGCAGCAAUAUGCGACAUGGUUACAAUCGCCAGAUACUUAAAUGUCACACUUAUUGUUCCAGAACUGGAUAAAACCUCCUUUUGGGCCGAUCCAAGUGACUUCCAUGACAUAUUUGAUGUGGAUCAUUUCGUCACCUCAUUGAGAGAUGAGGUUCGGAUAUUGAAGGAAUUGCCACCAAGGCUCAAGAGAAGAGUUGGAAAGCGAAUGCUAUAUUCGUUGCCACCCAUUAGUUGGUCUAACAUGUCCUACUACCAUAACCAGAUUCUUCCACUGGUGAAAAGGCACAAAGUUGUGCAUUUAAAUAGAACUGAUGCUCGAUUGGCUAAUAACGGAUUACCUCUAGAGAUUCAGAAGUUGCGUUGCCGAGUAAACUUCAAUGCUUUGAGGUAUACAUCCCAGAUAGAGGAGUUAGGUAGAAGAGUUGUCGGGAUUUUGAGGGAGAAGGGCCCCUUUCUAGUCCUUCAUCUCAGAUAUGAAAUGGACAUGUUGGCUUUCUCUGGCUGUACUCAGGGUUGCAACAGUUAUGAGGCCGAAGAUCUCACAAGGAUGAGAUAUGCAUACCCCUGGUGGAAGGAAAAAGUAAUAAACUCCACGUUGAAAAGGCAACAAGGUUUGUGCCCUUUGACGCCUGAGGAAACUGCAUUGGUUUUGAGUGCACUAGGCAUUGAUCGCAAUGUUCAGAUUUAUGUUGCUGCUGGAGAAAUAUAUGGUGGGGAAAGAAGGAUGGCUGACUUGGUGGCAGCUUUUCCUAAUGUGGUCUCAAAAGAUACCCUGCUGGAUCCCUCGGAGUUGAGUUAUUUCAAGAAUCGCUCAUCCCAAAUGGCAGCAUUGGAUUAUCUUGUUUCUCUGGAAAGUGAUCUAUUUGUUCCUACAUAUGAUGGAAACAUGGCAAAAGUAGUUGAAGGCCAUCGCAGGUUUUUAGGAUUCAAAAAGACUAUUCUAUUGGACAGAAAACUUCUCGUUGGCUUAAUAGAUCAGUACAACAAUGGGUCAUUGAACUGGGAUGACUUCUCUUCUGUUGUAAAACAAACUCAUGCCAAUCGGAUGGGAAGCCCAAAGAAACGAGUAAUCGUUCCGUCUAAACCAAAGGAGGAAGAUUAUUUCUAUGCCAACCCAUAUGAGUGCUUGCAACUGCUAGAUGAACCUUGAGAAGCACACGAUUGUCUUCAUGUUUUCACCCCAUUCUUAUGUACUUAAUCACAGAUGAUUAUCUUAAUUCUUUCACAAUGGUUCAAAUACAGAGAACUAGAGAAGGGAUUAACUUCUGCACAUAAAAUUCAGCAGCUUGGAGUGAAGUUUGGAAAUUUGCUCCUCGGGAUAUUUGCUUUGAAUAGUCAAUUUUAUGUAUAGAGUGAAAAACCUGCCAUUUUAUGGCUGAUGUUAAAUCUCAGCUAGACUGUAAGAGCAGAAAUUUUCCUACAAGGGCAGUAAGUAGCUUUUGGAAUGGUUACAACCAUUCCUCCCCUGAUAUUUUCAUAUUCUUGUACAUAUAUGAGCCUUAACCACUUUUUAAUAAAAGAUUCAAGUUCUAUAC